GCUUCUUACCACCAGUUCUCAAACAACCUUGGUAGUAUCGCCUGUCAGGUUAGGACUCCAAGCAUACAAACAUAACGAGUUAGCAAUUCUGUGUUGUAGUCAGGCCGCUCCUUGAGCCAUCCCUCCGAAUUCGCCGAAAAGCCAGCAAUUGCUGCCGAUCGGAUAGUUUCCAAGUUCAGCAAUCUCAAUCCCAGAAUUCCCUUCCAGGCCUGACUUCCUUGUUUUUAUUGAAGGCCCUUACAGUCGCCGAGAUCGGCGUCUGACGCUGACUAUAGCACUGAGACACUGAGACUGGAAGUUAGGUUCCCAUUACAAGACUUUGUUUCCUGCUUGAAGCGAAUCGGCUGGUGUAGAUACCGAAGCCUAUCAGCGUCGCCUAUCAGCCUAUCGCCCGCUAGCCGGCGUAGAUUCUCGUUAUGGAUGAAGUAGAGAUGGGCAGCGUGAAUACCGAGGCCGAGUUGGUGAGGAAGGAGGGCAGGUAUGCGGACAAGACGACGCAGCAGCGGCGGCGAAAGCUCGCGACGACCUUCGGAACGCAAGUCGACGCCAUCAUGCGGAGAAACCUCGCUUAUCAGAAGCGCAACUGGGGCAGCAACCUGUGUCUGGUGAGCCUGCCGGCGUUCAUGUGCCUCUUCCUCUUCCUCAUUCAAGUUCUCAUAGCGUCCGUCCUCAACACGCGCUUCAAGUGCGGCUGCGGCUGCCCCACGGAGUACAAGAACCCCGACGGCUCCUGCCAACCCGGAAGAAAAGUCUGCGGCCCGCAGUACACCGACAAGCUUGAGCAGAUCGCCUUCUGCGAGUUUCCGCACCCGCCAGCGUGGCCGGCGUUUCUACAGGUGCCGGACGAGCGGUUUCGGGCGGCAGACUGGGGGUCGGGCGGCGCGCUGGAGGCGGGUCUGCCGCCCAGCAGCUGCCGGGUGAAGCCAGCGAAUUUCUCCAACGCGGAGAGCACGAGCAUGGAGGGCAACGGCACGUACCCGUGCUUCAACACGGUGCUCUACACGGGGCAGGACCGGAAGAUCGCUGACAGAAUCGGCGCCAAUCUCAUCCCGGACGUGCCUCUCUUCACCCUGCAGACCGCCAAGCAGAAGCAGAGCGUCAAGCUCUACCUCACCGACCCUCCCUUCAACCAAGCCUCCGGCCCAGGCUCGGCACCUCCAGGUCCGGCAGCACCAGGCUUGAAACCGCCCCCAGCAGCCGCACCUGGUCCGGCGGCGAGGCGAAACCUGAGGAGAGCAGACGAGGUGCUGCCAGCGAGCGUGAUGCGGCGGGUGAUUCAGGAAGCGGGUAACUGGGAGAAAGACACGGGCAGCAGCAGUGGGGGCGGCGGUGGCACGGGGGGUAAUGCGCUGGGUGGUAUGGCCGGGGGCUUCGGCAAUUUGGCCAACCCUAAUGGGCCGAACGCGACCAACUUCGGCGUGUUCAACUACACCAGCACGUCGUACAUGAUCCCCGCGAUUACCUACGACCUGGCGUACGUGCCGCCCGGGUCCAGCACGUUCCGUGGGUGGUCGCUGUAUAUGGAGGAGGCCCUAGUGGCGUCGGGCAACACAGGCAAAGUGAGGAGCACGACCAUCUACCUGGUGCAGCCCAGCUGUGUGAAGUACAAGCUGCUGCCCUACAGCUUCAACGUCUCCUUCUCUGGCUUUAACAUGACCAUCCGUAUCGAGUGUCUCGUCACCCUCUCCCUCUGGCGCAACGCCACAGCAGCCAUAAACGAGGAGCUCUAUAACGGGUACUACCAGGCCAACCCCAACAAGGUCCCGAACCAGUACAUGUCAGCCUACGACUUCCAAAACUCCUCUGCCUCGCUCUUCCGCCCCUACAUCUGGUACAACUCCUCCUACGCCCGCGCCUGGGCCCUCGGCGGCGCCUCGGCUCUCAUCCGCUUCCCCCGCUCCAUGAACCUCGCCGCCAACGCUUAUGUAAAAGCCAUGCUUAACCCGAACGCGACGAUCCCGCUGCUGUACUUGAAAGACUUCCCCCGGCCGCAGGACUCGGUGGGGGUGGACCUGGCGACCAUACUGGGGCCGCUGUUCUACCUGUGGCUGCUCCAGCUGCUGUAUCCGGUGUUCACCGCGAGCCUGGUGUAUGAGAAGGAGAAGAACCUGCGGAUGAUGAUGCGCAUGCAUGGGCUGAAAGACGGGCCGUACUGGCUCAUCUCGUACUCGUACUUCACCAUCAUGUCCAUCAUCUUCAUCGCCGUGUUUCUGAUAGCUGGUUUCAUCAUUCAGCUGAAGAUGUUUACAGGCAACCCCAUCGGGCUGCAGCUCCUCGCCUACGGCGUGUUCAUCUUCACGCAGAUCUCCUUCUCCCUCCUCACCUCCACCGUUUUCAACAACUCCAAGCUCGCCACCAUCGUCUGCUACUUCUACGUCUUUGGCUCCGGGCUCCUGGCGCAGUUCCUCUUCCGCCUCUUCCUCGAAUCCAGCACCGUGUCAAACGCUCUGGUGAUCGUUCUCCAGCUCAUCCCUGCCUUCUCCAUCUACCACUGCCUCUACGAUUUCGCCACGUCAGCGUACGAUGCAGCCAUGAUGGGCACGGGCGGCACGCUGACGUGGCAGUCGGCGCAGAGCACAGGCUUCUUCACGGCAGUUCUCAUCCUCUUUAUAGAGGCGCUCGUUUUCCUGCUGGUGGGGCUGUACCUGGAUCAGGUGGUUGCGGUGGGUAGCGGCGUUCGGAAGCAUCCCCUGCUGGGGCUCCACAAGCUGUUCAAGGGGAAGGGGAAGAAGGGGGAGGGGGUGAGGAGGAGUAGUAGCGCGAUGGGGAGAGGGGGGGGGAGGGGGAGGGCGACAGGGACAAGCCCGAUGUUUUGGAAGAGGAAGCGCUGGUGGAUUCCCUCCUCCACUCCGACGACCCCCCGUCCUCGGACCAGCACUACUCCAUAAUCUGUGACCAUCUGCGCAAGGUCUACCCUGGGCGUGACGGCAACAAGGAGAAGGUGGCCGUGCGGGAUCUCUCAGUGGCCGUGGCCCGGGGAGAGUGCUUCGGCAUGCUGGGGCCAAACGGGGCGGGCAAGACGACCACGCUGAGCAUGAUGAUGGGGUUCUUAAAGCCCAGCGAGGGCGCGGCGAUCAUCGAGGGCAUGGGGAUUGUGGAGGAUAUGGAUGCGAUCUACUCGAUUAUGGGGGUGUGCCCACAGCACGAUCUUCUCUGGGAGCAGCUGACCGGCAGGGAGCAUCUUCUCUUCUACGGGCGGCUCAAGAACCUGCGGGGCCAGGAGCUAAAGGACGCAGUGGACAAGUCCCUCAAGAGCGUGAACCUGCUGGCAGGGGGCGUGGGGGACAAGGUGUCGGGGCAGUACAGUGGCGGCAUGAAGCGGCGGCUGAGCGUGGCCAUCUCCCUUAUAGGCAACCCCCUUGUGGUCUACAUGGACGAGCCCAGCACCGGGCUGGACCCCGCUUCGCGGAAGCUGCUUUGGGAUGUGGUGAAGGCUGCUAAGAAGGACAGGGCGAUUGUGCUCACGACUCACUCUAUGGAAGAGGCAGAAGCUCUCUGUGACAGGCUGGGUAUCUUCGUGAGCGGUCAGUUUGAGUGCAUUGGUAACGCACGCCAGCUCACCACACGUUACGGGGGGACAUACGUGCUGACGGUUACCACACCCCUGGAGGAAGAGGAGAACAUCGGGCGGGUCGUGAAUUCCAUCUGCCCGAAUGCGAAGCGGAUCUACAGCCUGGCGGGCACGCAAAAGUUUGAGAUGCCCAUGGCUGAGGUGGAGGUGGCGGACGUGUUUGCGGCGAUUGCUUCGGUCCGAGAGGAAAUGUCGAUCCGGGCGUGGGGGUUCACAAACACUACGCUGGAAGACGUCUUCAUCAAGAUCGCCAAGACUGCCCAAGCCACACCAGUAUGAUACACGCAAGGAUGCACCUAGUGCACUUCAGAUAAGGGAGGGAGAUGCCCUCACCUAUGAUACACACUAUGAUGCACCUAGUGCACUACACAUAUGGGAGGGAAAUGCAGAUUGUUUCGGUGUGAGAGCACAUGUCAGUCCGGGCGAGGGGGGUUUGCCAACACCGCACAACCCUGGAGGGCGCCUUCAUCAAGAUAGUUGGCCAAGACUGCCCAAGCUGCGAGGGCAUAUGUAUAUCGGAGAAACAUGCAAUGUGGGUGUUUGCUCGAGCCAUCUAGUCUGAUUUACCUGUCAGAGUGGGGCAAUAGUUCACUCCCUACUCAUACUGCUAACUACGUGCCCUCUCUACAUUUAUGAUUCUGUUUAACUAGUACCGUUCAUUGCUGAAAUGGAUAUAGCAGAUCAAAUGGUCCAAGC